ACUCAUCCCUCACAACACACCCGUCUAAGACAUUAAUUCAUCUGAGGCUUAUAACGGUGUCUAAUUAUCUUCAACUUACUGACUAAUCUCUAGGCUUAGUUCUUAUUUCUAAAAAAAAUUAAACUUUAAAAAUCCCUUAAAUUUUGAUGGAGAGGCACAAGUUAAGGCAUCCGUUGGCAGAUUUGCAUAAGAAGGACCAUUUGAGUCAAAGCAAAAAACUAGCAUCAAAAGGAAAAAAACAGGUUGAAUUUUAGUUGUGAUAAUCUAUUAAUCUAAGAGCUAAAAUCGAAGAAAAGGGUGGGCAAUCAAUUCUUGCCUUCAGAAAUAGUUGUUCUGAUUCUUCUAAGGCCUUCUUCAAUGCUUUACGGGUCACACAAUAGUACAGAAGAAGCCAUAAUUCUUAAUAAUGAUAAUUAAUAAUAAUGCAUUCACUAAUUAUGAGAUAAGGGUGGUUUGAACUUCAAUGUUUAUUUAAAUAAAAAAAUAAAAGGGUGCUUUUUAUUUUUAAAUGAAUUAAAUAACUUUGAAAACCUGUCGACAUAUGAACAGCUCAAACCUAUCACGCUACCAAUAAAAUGACCUGCUCUUUGGUUUCUUCUCAUUAGCCAUUUUGUUCAGUAUCUCUCUGUUUAUUUAUCUCCCCUGUGCUGUAGAGCUUCUAGAUAUCCCUCUGCUUCUUCAGCACUCUAUUUUUUUUUUCACCUUUUCAUCAUAUACGGGAGAAAAAAAGAAGAAGAAGAAAACCCAUUCAAACAAACAGAUAAAGCAUACAUUUUUCACCACUGAGUUUACGCACAAAAUGGUAGAUUCUUGCCUGCUGUUGUUGCUGAUUUGCUCUGUUCUUGGUCUUGUUUCUGGGUCUUCUAAAGAGCUCCCAAUCAUAUCGUUUGAUGAAGGGUACUCUCCGCUAUUCGGAGAUGCUAAUCUUGCCAUUCUGAAGGAUGGUGAAACGGUUCACAUGUCUCUAGAUGAACGAACAGGUUCCGGUUUCAUCUCUCAGGACCUUUACCUCCAUGGAUUCUUCAGCGCUUCGAUCAAGUUGCCUGCAGAUUAUACAGCAGGAGUUGUCGUCGCGUUUUAUAUGUCAAAUGCAGAUAUGUUCGAGGCAAACCAUGAUGAACUAGACUUUGAGUUCUUGGGUAACAUUAGAGGCAAGGAUUGGAGGAUUCAGACCAAUGUUUAUGGCAAUGGAAGCACCAACGUGGGAAGGGAAGAGAGAUACCACCUCUGGUUCGAUCCUUCUGAAGAUUUCCAUCAGUACAGUAUUCUCUGGAGUGAUAAUCUGAUCAUAUUUUACGUGGACAAUGUUCCUAUCAGAGAGAUAAAGAGGACUGAAGCAAUGGGCGGGGACUUCCCCUCCAAGCCAAUGUCUUUAUAUGCCACUAUAUGGGAUGGGUCGGAGUGGGCUACCAAUGGAGGCAGAUACAGAGUGAAUUACAAAUAUGCUCCUUAUGUGGCAGAAUUUUCUAACCUGGUUCUACAUGGCUGUGCUGUUGACCCAAUUGAGAAGUCACCGAAGUGUGACAAUGGUCCUACUUCUAAAGCAAGUAUCCCCACAGGCAUCAUGCCAGAGCAGAGGAGCAAGAUGGAGAAGUUCAGGAAGACGCACAUGACAUAUUCCUAUUGCUAUGAUCGUGUUCGAUACACAGUCCCUCCAUCUGAGUGCGUGGUUAAUGCCCAGGAAGCAGAGCGUCUGCGAAGGUUCGACCCAGUCACAUUUGGAGGGCGGCGCCACCACCACCAUGGGAAGCGGCACCAGAGGAACCGAUCAAGCCAAGGCGAGGCUACUACCAUUUAAGAGGCGGGGUGGGGGCUGUCAUUUGCAUAAAAUGUCAUAUGGUUAUUGUCAUUGAUUUUCUGUUUGAUUUAGUUGGGUCAGUUUUUUUUAAAAAAUUUUUUCUUUCUGUGAAUAGAGAGAGAGAGAGAGAGAGAGGAGGGGGGGAAGAGCACAGAUUUAUUGAGGGAUAAUGGGGUUUUUAUAUGGGGUACAGUGUUGGGUAUGUAUAUAUUUCAUACCUUUAGAUUCCAGCCAUUCUGUCAUUAUUGAUGUUUGUCACUGGCUUUAUAAAUUGAAUUUGAUGAUGAUUUAUGUACUUGGCACAAAUCCCCCCUCAUGCUUUCAAUAAACAUUUGGCAUAUUGAGUUGCUAUAAAAGCAUCCAUGUUUUAUCUA